AUGAGGUACAGAAAAGGCACAGAGGAGGUGCACAGAGGAGGUGCAGAGGAGGUGCACAGGCCCUACCUUCCUCUCGGGGGCCUCCAGGGGCCUCCAGCCGUUGGCUCGGAGCUGGUGGAGCUCAUCAAACUUGAGGCUGAUGUUCUCGAUGGAGAGCUGCAGGAGGUCCCAGAAGGAGGCCAGCAGGACCUCCUCACACUCAGCAGGACCUCCUCACACUCAGCAGGACCUCCUCACACUCACCAGGACCUCCUCACACUCACCAGGACCUCCUCACACUCAGUAGGACCUCCUCACACUCACCAGGUCCUCCUCACACUCACCAGGACCUCCUCACACUCAGCAGGACCUCCUCACACUCACCAGGACCUCCUCACACUCAGCAGGACCUCCUCACACUCACCAGGUCCUCCUCACACUCACCAGGACCUCCUCACACUCAGCAGGACCUCCUCACACUCACCAGGACCUCCUCACACUCACCAGGACCUCCUCACACUCAGUAGGACCUCCUCACACUCACCAGGACCUCCUCACACUCAGCAGGACCUCCUCACACUCACCAGGACCUCCUCACACUCACAAGGACCUCCUCACACUCACAAGGACCUCCUCACAAUCACAAGGACCUCCUCAGGACCUCCUCACACUCAGCAGGACCUCCUCACACUCACCAGGACCUCCUCACACUCACCAGGACCUCCUCACACUCAGCAGGACCUCCUCACACUCACCAGGACCUCCUCACACUCACCAGGACCUCCUCACACUCAGCAGGACCUCCUCACACACAGCAGGACCUCCUCACACUCACCAGGACCUCCUCACACUCAGCAGGACCUCCUCACACUCAGCAGGACCUCCUCACACUCACAAGGACCUCCUCACACUCACAAGGACCUCCUCAGGACCUCCUCACACUCACCAGGUCCUCCUCACACUCACAAGUAA